CUCUCAUUGGGCAAUGUAGUCCGAGCGUUCGAGAAAUGUCUAGAAAUCGUAAGUUAUUUCUUUUUAGGCAAUGGGGAUGGUAUAUAUUCUGGUGAAGUACAUUCAGAUUCAAUCAUCGACCCGACGAGAAUACUAAAGGGAAAAGAAAGCAAGAAAAGAGAAGAGCCACGUUCGAAAGACCUCUACAUUCAUAAACUGCAACUAACUCCAAACCAUCAAGAUGUCAUCAGCUAAAGGCCCGUCUAUCGGCAUUGACCUGGGCACCACCUACUCCUGUGUAGGGGUGUUCCAGCAUGGCAAAGUGGAGAUCAUCGCCAACGACCAGGGCAACAGGACCACGCCCAGCUAUGUGGCCUUCACAGACAAUGAGAGACUCAUCGGAGACGCAGCAAAGAACCAGGUGGCCAUGAACCCCAACAACACCGUUUUCGACGCCAAACGCCUGAUUGGCCGAAAGUUCAACGAUCAGGUCGUGCAAGCUGACAUGAAGCACUGGCCCUUCAAGGUGGUCAGCGACGGAGGAAAGCCUAAAGUUCAGGUCGAUUACAAAGGUGAGAACAAAUCCUUCAACCCAGAGGAGAUCUCCUCCAUGGUCCUGGUGAAGAUGAGGGAGAUCGCUGAGGCUUACCUGGGCCAGAAGGUGUCCAAUGCAGUCAUCACAGUCCCUGCCUACUUCAACGAUUCACAGAGACAGGCCACUAAGGACGCUGGAGUGAUCGCUGGGCUGAAUGUGCUGAGGAUCAUCAACGAGCCCACGGCGGCAGCCAUCGCUUACGGCAUGGACAAAGGCAAGUCCAGGGAACGCAACGUCCUGAUUUUUGAUCUGGGUGGGGGCACCUUCGACGUGUCCAUCCUGACCAUCGAGGAUGGGAUUUUUGAGGUGAAGGCCACAGCUGGAGACACUCACCUGGGCGGGGAGGACUUUGAUAACCGCCUGGUCAGUCACUUUGUGGAGGAGUUCAAGAGGAAACACAAGAAGGACAUCAGCCAGAACAAGCGGGCUCUGAGGAGACUGAGGACAGCCUGCGAGAGGGCCAAGAGAACGCUGUCCUCCAGCUCCCAGGCCAGCAUUGAGAUUGACUCCCUCUUUGAGGGCAUCGACUUCUACACCUCCAUCACCAGGGCUCGUUUUGAGGAGAUGUGUUCUGACCUCUUCAGGGGAACACUGGAGCCUGUGGAGAAAGCCCUCAGGGAUGCCAAGAUGGACAAGGCCCAAAUCCACGACAUCGUCCUGGUCGGAGGCUCCACCCGGAUCCCCAAGGUCCAGAAGCUCCUACAGGACUUUUUCAACGGCCGAGAGCUAAACAAGAGCAUCAACCCAGACGAGGCGGUGGCCUAUGGCGCUGCCAUCCAGGCGGCCAUCUUAUCUGGCGACAAGUCUGAGAACGUCCAGGACCUGCUGCUGCUGGAUGUGGCUCCCCUGUCCCUGGGCAUCGAAACCGCCGGAGGUGUCAUGACCACCUUGAUCAAACGCAACACCACCAUCCCAUCCAAACAGACCCAGACCUUCACCACUUACUCCGACAACCAGCCCGGGGUCAUGAUCCAGGUCUACGAGGGAGAGAGAGCCAUGACCAAGGACAACAACCUCCUGGGGAAGUUUGAGCUCUCUGGGAUCCCCCCUUCCCCACGAGGAGUCCCUCAGAUCGAGGUGACCUUUGACAUCGACGCCAACGGCAUUCUGAACGUAGCAGCGGUGGACAAGAGCACGGGCAAAGAGAACAAGAUCACCAUCACCAACGACAAGGGCCGGCUCAGCAAAGAGGAUAUUGAGAGGAUGGUGCAGGACGCUGACAAAUACAAAGCUGAGGAUGACGCACAGAGGGAGAAGAUUGCAGCCAAGAACUCCCUGGAGUCAUACGCCUUCAAUAUGAAGAGCAGCGUGGAGGACGACAACAUGAAAGGCAAGAUCAGCGAGGAUGACAAAAAGAAAGUGAUAGACAGGUGCGACCAGACCAUUUCCUGGUUGGAGAACAACCAGCAAGGCGACAAAGAGGAGUAUGAGCAUCAGUUAAAGGAGCUGGAAAAAGUAUGCCAGCCUAUCAUUACCAAGCUAUACCAGCAGGGAGGGAUGCCUACAGGUUGCUGUGGAGAUCAGGCACGGACCAGCUCUGGUGUCAGCUCCCAAGGCCCAACCAUUGAAGAGAUUGACUAAAGUGAGGGACUUGUAUAAAGGACUUUUCAAAAUGUAUAAUUAUCACUGAAUACAAUUUGCUAUUCAGGAAAUACUUUGUACUUGUACUUAUUUCUACUGGUUAAAAUGUUAAUGCAUAGCCUCCCGGGUUAAUGCAUAGCCUCCCGCGAACCAGAGACUGGGUUCGCGCCCAGGCUCUGUCGUAACCGGCCGUGACCGGGAGGUCCGUGGGGCGACGCACAAUUGGCCUAGCGUCGUCCGGGUUAGGGAGGGUCUGGCCGGUAGGGAAAUCCUUUUCUCAUCGCGCACCAGCGACUCCUGUGGCGGGCCGGGCGCAGUGCGUGCUAACCAAGGUUGCCAGGUGCACGGUGUUUCCUCCGACACAUUGGUGCGGUUGGCUUCCGGGUUGAAUGGCGCUGUGUUAAGAAGCAGUGCGGCCUGGUUGGGUUGUGUAUCGGAGGACGCAUGACUUUCAACCUUCGUCUCUCCCGAGCCCGUACGGGAGUUGUAGCGAUGAGACAAGAUAGUAGCUACUAAAACAAUUGGAUACCAUGAAAUUGGGGAGAAAACGGGGUAAAAUUAUAAAAACAAAGAAAAUAAAAUGUUAAUGCAUUUUUAUGGCUCAGUGCUAUUUAGGAAGUGCUUUAUAUAUUUAUUGGUUGUACUGUAAAGAUGACAAUAUAUAAACAUACUGAAUGAUAAAAGAAAACACACUGAUGUAAAUCUGUUGUUUCAUACCAUAUUUCAUUGCUGGACAUUGCAAAUAAAAUGUAUUGAAAUAAA